AUGGAAGGAAAGUUAGGAGAAAUUCGAUAUUCUAUUUUAAAUAAAGAACAAUUUCAAGAACUUUAUGGAAAAGAAUGGAUUCUUAUGGAUGGUUCAUCCAUUUCGGGAAGCGAUUUGGAAAGAAGAUUCGGUUGGACUUUUGUACCUGAUGCGAGAGGACUUUUUUUAAGAUGUAAAAAUAAUGAAAGAAGUGAUGGAUUAGAAAAUCCAAGUGGCGAGUUAGGUCUAGGUCAAUAUCAAGCAGAUAAUUUAAAAUCUCAUACUCAUGUCGGUUUAUUCGUUAGUAACAUAGAAGGUCAAUGGGGACAAGAUGCUUAUCAAGGGGAAUUUGAUUCUCAUAGGCUACCUACUACUCCAUGGGGGUCAACAAGAUCUUUUUAUACAGGUUAUACAGGUGAAAAUGAAACCUGCCCAAAGUCUAUUACAGUAAAUGCUUUUAUCAAAAUUAAUUUUUCCAUGUGGUAUGAGCCACGUGAAGGCUUGAAAAAUGCAAUAUCUCAAUAUUUUAAGAACCUUGAGCCAUUUCAUCAAGAUAAAAUUUCUAAACUUCUCAAUGAAUCAGAUAAACAAGAUCUCUCAGAAGCUUUUUGGAAACUAAUUAGACCAUUACUUUUACCAAACAAGCCUAUAGAUGAUUCUAAUUUAUUGUUGGAAAUAAUUUUUAAAACUUUAGUAACUAUAUCGGAGACAACUAAAUUUGAACCUCUUCUAUCUAUUUUGGAAAGGAUUUUAAUUACAUAUCUGUGGAAUGGUAUUAUUAAGCCACCAAUCGCGCAAGCUGGGUACAACUAUCGCAGUGCCGAUGGCUCUGAUUAUAGUAGAAUUAAUCUUUAUUCAGAACUUGGAAAAGCUGGCUCUAGAUAUUCACGUUUGGCUCGUAUUAAGAACUUUUCUAAAAAUAAUCUACCUGAUGCAAAUGAUGUUUUUAAUAGUGUCAUGAAGCGCACUGAAUUCAAUGGUCAUCCUUCGGGCAUCAGUGCAAAUUUGUUCUAUCUGGCCAUUAUCAUCGCACAUGAUUUAUUUAAUACUAAUCAUCAAGAUUCUACUAUUAACCUUAACUCAUCAUACCUUGAUCUCGCUCCGCUGUAUGGAAAUAAUCAGAAACAGCAAAAUAGCGUUCGUACCUUUAAAAAUGGUCUAUUGAAGCCAGAUACAUUUGCAGACCCACGAAUAUUGUUACAACCACCCGGUGUAGGUUCUAUGCUAAUUCUUUUUUCACGAAAUCACAACUUUAUUGCUGAACAACUCAAACGACAGAACAAACUCAGGCUAGAUGAGGAUAUUUUUCAAACUGCUCGAUUAAUUAAUUGUGGAUAUUACAUGAAAAUUAUUAUACACAAUUACCUACGUACAAUUCUUGGUCUUGAUCAAACUACUUCAGAAUGGCACCUUGAUCCAAGAUAUUCAUACAACGAUAGUUGGUUGCUUCAAAGCUUGCCUACUGGAAUUGGAAACCAGGUUUCAUUAGAAUACAAUUAUGUCUAUCGAUGGCACUCAACUAUCACAGAAGAUGAUGCUGCUUGGAUUGAAAGAAAAUUCAGAGAAGUUCUACAAGAUGAUAUAGCAAAAGUUGAUCCCGAUAAAUUCCAUAAAAAAGUAGAAAAUUGGUUAGAUGGAUUGGACGAAGAUCCAUUCGAAUGGUCCUUUGGUAAUUUGAUAAGAGAUUCCGAUGGAAAUUAUGCAGAUUUUGAUAUUGCAAUUAAUCUCAUCAAAGGGACAGAAAAUGUUGCUGGUGCUUUUGGAGCGAGAGGUAUUCCUGAGAUCUUCCGCGUUAUUGAGGUUUCCGGUAUUAAAUCAGCUAGAGGCUUAGGAUUAUGUAGUCUCAAUGAUUUUCGUCGUUUUUUGAAUUUAAAACCUUACAGUUCGUUUGAAGAUAUGAUGGGCUUAGAAAGCUCUGAUAAUCAAAUACUAAAAGAUCUUAAGAGGCUUUAUAAUAAUAACAUUGAAAAUGUUGAAUUAUAUCCAGGUCUCAUAGCGGAAAAGACAAAGCCUGCCAAUAAUAUAGGUUCAAUGGUUGCGUUUUCAUAUACUAUUAGCCACGCUAUUCUUUCAGAUACGGUUAAUUUUAUUCGAAAUGAUCGUUUUUACACUGAUGAAUUUAACCAAUGUAAUUUGGCAGUUUGGAAUUGGGAAAAGCUUGAAAAACCAAAUUCAAAAAAUCUUGCAUCUGGAGGUGUCAUACACCAACUCAUUCUAGAGCAUCUCCCUAAAAUUUAUAAAGAUAAUUCGGCCUGGGCUUUAUAUCCGUUUGUCGCUAGUUCACAAAUUAAGAACUAUCUUAAAAAACGCGGGGAUGACUUAGUCACAACUAAUGAAAACUUUGAAAUAAAUCUUUUUGA